UUGCCGUAUUCAAGGAACAAGCAUGAGACAGUUUUUGUUUUUCCUGUUACAGGUUUGAGCGUGAUAUGCUUGCGUUCUCUGGAUGCUAUUAUGGUGGUGGUGAAAAGGAAAGAGCAGAGCUAGGUUCAAUAAGAAAGAGGUGGAAAACUUUGCAUAAAAAUAAUCCUGAUAAGGAAAGGAGGCAUGGAAGAUGUCCCCUUACUCCAGAGGAAGUUGGUCUGAUGCUGAGGGCUCUUGGAUAUGGCAGUGAUGUUCAUAUCUAUGUGGCAUCUGGUGAAGUGUACGGAGGGGAAGAGACAUUGGCACCCCUGAAAGCACUAUUCCCACACUUCUAUUCAAAGGAUACUAUAGCCACAAAGGAGGAGUUGGAACUCUUUUCCACAUUUUCUUCUCGAAUGGCUGCACUUGACUUUAUAGUCUGUGAUGAAAGUGAUGUAUUUGUUACCAAUAACAAUGGUAAUAUGGCUAGAAUUUUAGCUGGAAGAAGGAGAUAUUUUGGACAUAAACCUACAAUUCGUCCAAAUGCAAAAAAGCUCUAUCGAUUGUUCUUGAUCAAAGAGAACAUAACUUGGGAAGAAUUUACCUCUAAAGUUCGUAGUUUCCAGCGAGGCUUCAUGGGGGUGCCCAAUGAGGUGAGGGCAGGCAGGGGUGAGUUUCAUGAGAAUCCAUCUACCUGCAUAUGUGAAGAUUCUGAUGCCAGGGUAAAGAAGGAUUCUGGAUCUAGAAAAUAUGGUAAGGGGUAUGAUGCAAUGCCAAAAGAUGUAAUAAAUGAUGAAGACCAGAAUGAUGAUGAUGAACCAGAAUGGCCUGAUCCUGAAGACGAUGAAGAGCAAAAUAAUGUUCAAUAUACAGGGCUGUAUAACGGAACAGGUUUGGAUUAUGAAGCAGCUGCUGCUGAGAUCCUGAAUUGG